CUUCGCUCCCUGAUCCUCUUCCCAUUCAUUCCACCUCUCUCUGUCUGUAUCCAGUAUCCAUCCUCACAUCACUUUCAGGUUUAACCAAUUCAACUUUAUAAUUCCAUCAAAAUGGUCAAGGCUGUUGCUGUCCUCCGUGGUGACUCCAAGGUCUCCGGCACCGUCACCUUUGAACAGGCCGACGAGAACUCCAACACCACCGUCUCAUGGAACAUCACCGGCAACGACCCCAACGCUGAGCGUGGCUUCCACAUCCACCAGUUCGGCGACAACACCAACGGCUGCACCUCCGCUGGCCCUCACUUCAACCCCUUCGGCAAGACCCACGGCGCCCCCGAGGAUGAGGUCCGCCACGUCGGUGACCUUGGUAACUUCAAGACCGACGCCGAGGGUAACUCCAAGGGCUCCAAGACGGAUAAGCUGAUCAAGCUCAUUGGUGCUGAGAGCGUUCUGGGCCGGACCCUUGUCGUUCACGCUGGUACUGAUGACCUUGGCCGCGGUGACUCUGAGGAGUCCAAGAAGACUGGUAACGCUGGUGCCCGUCCUGCUUGCGGUGUCAUCGGUAUUGCUGCGUAAAUUCACCCAUAAAAUGACGAUAUGAUGACUCAAAUGGAUAAUGUGGGCGACGAGAGCUAGGUAGCGCAAAACUGUCUUCAGAUGCUAUUUCAGUGGCCUUAGUUGAAAAAUGUAAGGUGCUGUGAGCUAGCCACAUUCAAAUCGAACGGCAGUUACGUGAU